AUGACAACCCCACGCUUCUCCCCGAACGACGUAACAGUCGUCUUCUUCCUCGGCGGCCCAGGAAGCGGAAAAGGCACCCAAUCCGCCAACCUGGUCAAAUCCUACGGCUUCACCCACCUCUCCGCCGGCGACCUGCUGCGCGCCGAACAGGUCCGCUCCGGCUCCCAAUACGGCGACCUCAUCCGCGACUACAUCCGUGAAGGCAAGAUCGUUCCCAUGGAAGUCACCGUCGCGCUGCUGUCGAACGCAAUGGCCGAGACGCUGUCGACCUCGCCGCCGGCUGCGGGGACAAAGGCCCGUUUCUUGAUUGAUGGGUUCCCGCGCAAGCUGGAUCAGGCUGUUUUCUUUGAGGAGACGGUUUGUCCGUCGGAGCUUGUGUUGUUCCUGGAUUGUCCGGAGAGUGUUAUGGAGACGAGACUUUUGAAGAGGGGGGAGACGAGUGGACGGGAUGAUGAUAAUGCUGCUUCUAUUCGGAAGAGGUUCCAUACUUUUGUUGAGACUUCUAUGCCUGUGGUGGAGGAUUUCAGGAAGAAGGAUAAGGUUGUUACGGUCAAGGCUGAUCUUUCUCCUGAGGAGGUUUCACGGCUUGUUCAGGCGGGGAUUGAGGCGAGGGGAUUGUUGCCUCGUUCUUAG